CAGUUUGGAAGUAGUGGCGAUAAGUUUGGUGAUACACACAACAGUUCCUAAACACACGAUUUUUUUGGAUUAGAUUUCUUUUUCAUUUUUUUUAUAUACGUUCUUAGAACAUAGUUGAUAUUUUAUUUAUUAAAAUGGCAUUAGUAGUAAGGUAUAUAGAAGAUGUUAACAGAUUUUUAAAUAAAUACCAAGAUACUAGAACAGCAGAUUGGUUUUUAAUGUCUAGCCCAUUUUAUACAUUAGCAAUUUGUUUAUCAUACGUGGUAGUGGUAAAGUAUGUGGGGCCAAGGCUUAUGGAAAAUAGGAAACCCUUCCAAUUAAAAUAUACCUUAAUAGUGUACAAUCUAUUGCAAGUUCUAUUUAGUACCUGGCUUUUUGUAAAGAUAGGGAUGGGUGGAUGGUUGACUGGAAAGUAUAAUUGGAGAUGUCAACCUGUAAAUUAUUCAACCGAUCCAGAAACGAUGGAAAUGGUGUCCGCGUCUUGGUGGUAUUUCAUAUCUAAGUUUACUGAAUUUCUCGAUACCUUUUUCUUUGUGUUAAGAAAAAAGAAUAAUCACAUCUCUACGCUUCACGUGAUACAUCACGGAGUCAUGCCGAUGUCCGUUUGGUUCGGAGUGAAAUUUACCCCAGGCGGUCACAGUACAUUCUUCGGUUUCUUAAAUACGUUUGUUCACAUCGUUAUGUACACCUACUACAUGCUUAGUGCCUUUGGACCUAGUGUACAGAAAUACUUAUGGUGGAAAAAAUACUUAACUACUUUACAAAUGGUGCAAUUUGUAGGAAUAAUGGUACAUGCCUUCCAAUUGUUGUUUACCAACUGCAACUACCCACGUGCCUUCGUCUGGUGGAUCGGAAUGCACGCAGUGAUGUUCUUCUUCUUAUUCAAAGAGUUCUACACACAAUCAUACAUAGGAAAAGGUGGAAAACAAAAAGUCUCCGUCACUGCCACUAACGGAUAUGCCAACGGUUACAUCUUACAAAAUGGUGAGACGAAACAGAAGAGUAAUGGCCACAUAGGGAACGGCGGCUCAUCAUCGCAAACCAGUGCCUCCGAUUACUACAUGAAUAGUAAUAUUUCCAAUGACCUACAGCAACGGUUGAAGAGCCAGUGAUGGUUAAUAAGAGCAAAUUAUUUACUACCGCGAAAUUUUUUUGUAUAGUUAUAACUUGUAAAUGAACAAAUAUUUUUUACUUAAUUAUUUGUAGAUUAUUAAUUGUUAAUGAAAAAAAAAACGAACUAAUAAUAAAUUUUACAAGAUCAUGUUGCUCAAAAACCGCAUAAUAUAAUAGCACACGCGCGACGCUGAGAGUAUUUAUGUACCAUAUAAAUAAUGUAUUUAAUUUUUUUUGUCAGGUGCAAAUUUUGGAAUUGAUUUACUUCUUUGUAAACUUUUUGUAUUUUGUAUAAUCAUUUGAGUGUCUUUGUUGUGUGCUCGUAGGUGCUCAUUCUUCCAUCAUCAGUCCACCAUAAAAUUAAAAAAAAAAGCCUUUUUGUUGUUAUACCAUAUGCGGGAAGAUGUAUUAUUAUUAUUCGAUAUGGUAAUAUAUCACCUAGUACAAUUUAUUCCGUGGUUGAAUAUUGUAGGAUUGUUAUUAAUCUUUUGUACAUCAUAGAUUUUUAAUGAUACUGGUUA